CGGAGCAGCAUAACAGUAUGGCGCGCUCUCGCUCGAUGGACUCUGACCGCAACUGAUCGUUUCCGUCCCUCCUCCUAGGCUUGAUUUGGGGGCGUUUUAGUGAACUUCAGUUAUGUUGGGUAUUCUUGCCAGGACGAUGAUAUAAUAAAAUUUUUAGGUCAAGGCUGGCAUGGUGAAGCCCUCCUGCCUGGUAAAGCCAGUGUCAGUGACACGGAUCGCUGGUCGCUACCUGGCCCACCAGGAGGGUCUGCCUAAGCUUCCAGUGCCACCACUGCAGCAAACAUGCGAACGCUAUCUGGCUGCCCUGACGCCCAUCGUGGACCCGGAGGAGCUGAAUCACACCCGGAAACUGCUGGAGGAGUUUCAGAAGCCGGGCGGUGUUGGGGAGAGACUUCAGAAGGGUCUGGAACAGCGAGGGAAGAAGAUGGAGAACUGGCUCUCUGACUGGUGGUUACAGACAGCUUACCUAGACUACCGGAUGCCUGUUGUUGUCCAUUCUAGUCCUGGGGUCGUCCUUCCCCGUAUGGAGUUCAGUGAUCGCCAAGGCCAGAUGAGAUAUGCUGCUAAAUUAAUCGCUGGAGUUUUAGAUUUCAAGAGCAUGAUUGACAAUGAAACAUUGCCAGUGGAGUAUCUGGGUGGAAAGCCACUCUGUAUGAACCAGUACUAUCAGGUGCUCUCGUCCUGCCGGAUCCCAGGAACAAAGAGGGACACUGUGGUGAACUACACUUUGGACAAGAGACCUCCCACACAUAUCACUGUAGUGCACAACUUUCAGUUCUUUGUGCUGGAUGUAUACAACAGCGACGGCACGCCACUGACUGUAGACCAGAUCUACAUUCAGCUGGAGAAGAUCUGGAACUCCUCUUUACAGACCAACAAAGAGCCUAUUGGCAUCCUCACCUCCAACCACCGCAACAGCUGGGGCAAAGCUUACGACAACCUCAUCAAGGAUAAAACAAAUCAGGAGUCUGUGAGAGCCAUUCAGAAGAGUAUCUUCACAGUCUGUCUGGAUGCUCCCAUGCCGCAUGCGUCUGAUGACAUGUACCGCACACGUGCUGGAGUUCAGAUGCUGCAUGGAGGGGGAAGCAGGUGGAACAGCGGAAAUCGCUGGUUCGACAAAACAUUGCAGUUUAUUAUUGGAGAGGAUGGGACAUGUGGGCUGAUCUAUGAACACGCCCCCGCUGAGGGCCCUCCAAUCGUGUCACUGAUCGACCAUGUGGUGGAAUACAUGAAGAAGUCAGAGAUGGUCCGUACCCCAAUGGUGCCGCUGCGUAUGCCUCAGAAGCUUCAUUUCAACAUCACGCCAGAGAUCAAAAUGGACAUUGAGGAGGCCAAACAAAACAUGAACAUCAUGGUACAUGACUUGGACAUGAAAGUCAGUGUGUUUUCCCAUUUUGGCAAAGAUUUCCCAAAGUCACAGAAGAUGAGCCCUGAUGCCUUUAUUCAGAUGGCUCUCCAGUUGGCGUACUACAGGAUUCACAAGCGCUGUUGUCCCACCUAUGAGAGCGCUUCCCUCCGCAUGUUCAGACUGGGCCGAACCGACACUAUACGCUCAAUGUCCAUUGACUCUGAUAAAUUCGUCAAGGCCAUGGAUGACCCUGCCAAACAUAACAUAGAGAAAGUGGCUCUGCUAGACAAAGCAGUUAAAGCACACAGAGCUUACGCAGACAUGGCCAUCCGAGGUCAAGCCAUCGACAGACAUUUGCUUGGACUGAAAUUGCAGGCUAUUGAGGACCUGGCAGCCCUGCCAGAGAUAUUCAUGGAUACCUCAUAUGCUGUGGCACUGCACUUCAACCUCUCCACCAGCCAGGUGCCAGCUAAAACCAACUGUGUGAUGUGCUUCGGCCCAGUGGUUUCAGACGGUUAUGGUGUGUGCUACAAUCCCAUGGAUACCCACAUUAACUUUGCAGUCUCUGCUUUCAACAGCUGCCAGGACACUAACGCAGCACGUCUGGCCCAAGCUCUAGAGGACGCUCUGUUAGACAUCAAGACCCUCCUAGAACAGACGCCCAAAGCCAAGCUUUAAAGAUGAUUAUGUAAUUAGACUUGAUCUUUGACCAGUUCAGUCAAGACAUUUGCAUUUACAACAGCACUCAAAAGGACAGGAACUUUAAGAAGGGUUAUUUAUUUAGCAUUUGACUAGUCUAGGCCAGUCUGGACUCUAUUCGACCACGGUCUUUAAUGAGCCUUAACACUAAAUGACAAUUUUUACUUUUUGUAUAAUUAUGUGUUUUGGCAUUCAGUUUGUUCAAUAAUCAAUUAGGUUUGUCAACAGGUAUUUCUGAUUUAUUGUUGUCUUUGUAAUGAGUUCUCAGUACAGAAAACAUACCCAGUAUGUGCUGUGAACCUGUGACUCUUCAUUGUAAUCAUACAAAAAAAAAAAAAAAAAAGAAGUUUUAAUGCCAUAAUGUAACAUAAUUAUAACAAUGUAACAUGUAACAAGUGACAUUUGCAAAGCAUUUGUUUCAUUUGUACUUUGUUCAGUGUUGUAAAUUUGCACAUUAACAUGCUUUUAAUAAAUGUAAUUUGUGUGUAUAUUGUACAAGAUGAAUGUUAUAGAUACUCAACUAUGGACUCUGUGCCUUGUUAUAAGAAAUGAGUAACAUUUCUUGUGGUCUGGAUUACCAUUCAAAAAACAUGAAUUUUACAGCAUCACUUAUUGUUCUAUGCAUGAUUGAUCAAGUAAAUGAGAUUAUAACUUUAUUGUUUCAUUAUAUAUAGCACUCAUCAGCUCUUUAUACCUGUCCACAGGUUCAGCCCUGCAAUUAUGUCACUUUCUAUGAUGACCAGGUAAAAAACUGGUCUUUAAUGUUUGACUCAUAAAGUCCUGGCCUGAGUUCUGUAAGGAGGUAAUACUUAAGCUGAAUUGUUUUAGAAAGAUUGAUGCAUUUAAAGAAAAUUCUGGUUUUGGAAUAAACUAUUCUGUUUCUCAAA